UUGGAAUUUCAUUCGCGCAACAUCAUUUUCAUUGCAACCGUUGACCGCUUGAAGAAAAUUCUGCAUAUACUGAUCAAGACCUUCAAGAAAAACGUCCGCGGAAAAUGGUUGUCACAGUUACGCGUAUAAACGAUAUUAUCCACGAAAAGUUAAGCAACUUUUUCCCCGGGAAAAGUGGCUUCGUAGAAGUUAGUCCUGGUAGAGUGUUUUUGCCCAAAAAGUUCGAAGAAAUUUAUAAAUCCGUGGAGAGUUUCGUUGUGCGUGAGGAUGAUGUUUGGGUGGUUUCGUAUCCGAGAACAGGAUCUACGUGGGUUCAAGAAAUGGUAUGGCUAUUAGGGAACAAGCUGGAUUUUGAAAGUGCCAAAAGUAAUAUGUUAGCAACAAGAGCACCCAUCCUGGAAUUAACAGCAAUCUUUAACGAUGACCACCAUCAGUGGCUUUCAGAUACCUUGGGAAACUCUGUUGAAUGCCUAAGCAAUGUACCUAGUCCUCGUUUUGCAAGAUCUCACCUGCCAUGGGAGCUUCUGCCUCGACAAUUGCACGAAGUAAAACCUAAGUUAAUCUACGUGGCCCGAAAUCCGAAGGAUCAAUGCGUUUCUUACUAUCAUUAUUGUAAACUGCUGCACGGUUUGGAUGGCUCUUUCGACGAAUUUUGCAACAUGUUCUUGACCGGAACUAUUCCAAUGGGUUUAUACUGGAAUCAUGUUCUACCCUUUUGGAAAAAUCGUUUUAAUUCCAACAUUUUGUUUUUGAAAUAUGAAACCAUGAAGCGGGAUCUACCCUCUGUUAUUCAGGAGUGUAUAGAAUUUCUUGAACUCGAUAUUGAAAUCACUUCGCAAGAUCUGAGCAGGAUCUGCGACCAUUUGAAGUUCGAUAAAAUGCAGGAAAACCCUGCAGUUAAUUUGAAAUCCUUUUUGAGUCAAGACGAUGAUCCAGAAUCGAAUGCGAAAUUUAUUCGUAAGGGAGAAAUCGGAGACUGGAAAAAUUAUUUAUCACUUGAAAUGUCUGAAAAGUUUGAUGAAUGGACUGAGGUUAAUACUAGUGGAACUGGUUUGGAUUUUACCUAUGUCUGAUUUUAAAGGCCGAGUUGAAUCCAGUGAAAAAUAUAGAACGACUAUUCAAUGGCGCAAUUAAUUAAUUAAAAAAAUUUUGGAAGAGGUGGAAUUGUUGAUAAUAUUAAAUAGGGUACAUAUGUAUUUAUUCAGCAAGUUAAGGUUACAUUUUUGGUUGUCCUUUAAAAGUUUAAAAAAUCCUUUAAUACUCUAAAACGCUAACAUGAUUCUCAGCUUUUUAGAAAUUAUUGACGA